AUGAAUUCAAGUGGCAGCGUUGCUGAUGCACAGAACAUCCAAUAUGACCCAGUAGAUAUUGGCACCGAACCAUCCAUUGUUUUUCUUGCCAUUCUCAUGGUCACUGGUACGGUGGCCAACGGCCAUGUUUUUGGAAUCUUCUUUUUCCGUUAUAAAAGAAGGUCAACAUACGUCAUUUUCGUUCUUGCUCUGGCUUCAAUCGACCUGCUUAUUUGUGUUUGUGACCUUCCAUUAGAAAUAUUGGAUCUGAGGUACCCGUAUAACUUUUAUAGUGAGGUAGGAUGUAAACUUUACAAGGUAGUGAGUGCAACAUUGAUUUUGAGUUCUGUAUUUACUUUGACACUCUUGUCACGUGAUCGUUUCAAAAGAAUUCGCCAACCUUUAAGUCCACAAUGGUCGAAUUCUACAUGUAAACGAUAUAUAUUAGCAGUGAUAUUGCUAGCAUUUAUUCUUGCUGCCCCCGUUACGUACAUCCAUGGUCUACACGUGGUGAAACUCUCUGAUGGUACUGAAGUCGAAAAGUGUUUCUUUGAAGACGACAUUGACGUAAGAUAUAACCUUCCUUUAAUACAUCUUUCUGUUCUUUACCUGAUUUUUAUUGGAUGUUUGGUAAUCCUAAUCGUGAAUUAUACUUGUAUCUGGAUCACUGUUUAUAACCGAAACAGGAAAACGUUGUUCCAUCAAGCAGGCAAUAAAAGAGAAAUGUUACCAAAUGUAAGCAAGGAAUAUCGAAAUUGUUUAACUUCAUCUGCAGUAAGCGGAAGUCCUGAUGGGGUCAUCUCGAAUAACCCUUCUGGCGAUUCAGCGGAAAUGGACUUGCAUCCUUUGAGAAAAAUAGACAACAUUCACACUUUUCAGGGUCGAAGAUUGAAAGUGUUUCCGAAAAUUCAGAAGAGAAAACUCUUCGUUGGCAAUCAUCGUUCAACAGUUAUAAUGUUUAUAAUAACCGCCAUCUUCAUUGUCGUCUUUCUACCCUAUCUUGUGCUUGGGGUAUUUUUGUGUUUGAAAGAAAACUUUAAAGCUAACAUGAAUGAGGUAGAAUUAAGUGUAUAUCGCCUUUCAAUGAGACUAAUGUUUUUGAACAAUGUUGUUAAUUGUUUUGUGUAUGGUAUUUUCGACCCCAGAUUCAAAAAAACUAUCAGAUUUGAAAGUAAACCUUCUGUAGUAACUGUUUAUCUGAAAGAAUGA